CUCUCUUCUCUUCUACACUGCUCCUUUGCUCUCUCUCUCUCUACGCAGAGCUCUCAUUCUUGAAUUCUCACGCAUUCACGCAUUCCCUUAGCCUUUUCAACUCUCUCGCUCUUCGCUCUGCUUGAAAACAUGGCGUUUUUCGGCGAACGCCGACCUCUCGACUGCUCUCUCCCUCACGAGCUCACCUGCGAGACUCCCUUCCCCAGCCUCAAGCUCUACUUCCUCAUCGGAAUCCUCAGCCUCUCCGCGCUCUCCAUCGCUCUCCUCGUAUACGUCUACGUCCUUCUCAGUCGGACCUCGAAGAAGCGCGAAGUGCCAGCAAAAGGGACGAAUUCUCGGGAAUCAGUUGGACCUUCCUACGAGGUUUUUCUAAGUUUUCAUGGACGAGACACCCGUCAUGGAUUCACCGAUUUUCUUUACCGUGGCAUGGUUGAGACCGGAAUCCUCAUCUUUAGGGAUAAUGAAUCCCUCCAUGUCGGUCAAAAAAUUGGCGAUGAACUUCUACAAGCCAUCCAAAACUCCAAGAUCUACAUUCCCAUAUUCUCCGAGAAUUAUGCGUCGAGUCACUGGUGCCUUCGAGAGCUUGCAUACAUGGUUGAGUGCGCCUCCAAAUCGAAUGGGAAUAAAGAGAUUUUGCCCAUUUUUUUCGAUGUGGAGCCUGAUGAUGUCAAGCUAAAAACAAACUUAUACAGCGAAGCCCUUUUAAAGCAUAAGAAAAAGUUUUGCACUGAAGUUGAAUCAUGGAAAAAGGCUCUUGUUGAUGUGGACAAGAUAAAGGGAUGGAACUUGCAGAAAAAUGAAAGGUAAAUGUCUUAAACUUUUCAACUUGUCAUCCAUAGAUUUCCUUUUCCUCCCUAGUUAGUUUAAUUGUGGUAUCAUUGGUGAAAAUAUAGUUUAUUCAUCUCAUCAAUCCUAUCUAGUGUAACUUGUGGUCGUAGCCGUUGUCGCUGCUGCUAUCGGCCACUUUGGCCGGAAUCAGCUCUAUCGUAGGCAUUGAUGGUUCUAUUGCGGUGGUAGUUCACUAUUCAUCCUAGUUUUGUUUCUCCUCACACACUUGGUCUCCAAUACAAUAGCCACGAACAGUAAUAAAAAUCUGAGUAGUUCCACCAAGCCACCGACCAGCCAUUGCAGCAGCUCGACGGUCAUUCGCCGUCACUUCUUCGUCGCUGGCUGGCACCAAGCUGCCAGAAGCCGCCGUUGAGCCAUGCGGCCCCCAUUUCUCCCUUUGACUCACUGUGAUGAGUCGGAUUUGUGCUCAGGAGGCCAUUUCCGACAUCACAAAGCCCAUAUCCGGAGUCGCCGACCUUCGGUAACCCCAAAUCUGGUGUUGCCCAAGGCCGGUGAUGCCAUCCUUGGCGGUCGCAAGGCCACGACCCACAUGAUGAGGAUUGAGGCAAGGCCUAGACGGGCAGGUCAAUAGGGCUCGAUGGGCAACGGCGCUGGAACGUGACAGCGAUGGCCCAGGGAGGUGAGUGAUGUCAAAGACAGCGAGGUAGUGGUAGGGGCCAAUGGUGUGGUGACUGAAAUUUGGGGAGCGGAGAUAGAAUGGGAAAAAUCCAGAUUGUUUUGGUGCCUAAAUUAUUUUGCGUUUUUUCUUCAAAUCGUAAAUAUAAAAUUUAUUCUAACACGGUCGUUACAUUUUGGCAGCCAAGAAGAUCUGAAGCGAUCAAUAAUUCAAACAGUGUUGACUAAGUUGAACAUUGGAUUUAAAAAAAAUGUGACUGAAGAUCUAGUUGGAGUUGAUGAUCGUGUAGAAGCUAUAAUCAAAAUGUUGCAUGUGGAAUCCGAUAAUGUACAAUUCCUCGGAAUCCAUGGAAUGGGUGGGAUUGGCAAAACCACACUUGCCAAGGUCAUCUUUAACCGACUAUCUUCUAGUUUUUAUGAAUGCAAUUUCCUUUCAGAAAUUGGAGAAUCAUCACAACGCCAGGGUAUGGUAUAUUUGCAAAAACAGUUGCUAUCCAAAUACCUUGAUUUUGAUUCUCUCAACCGAAUUCAUGAUGUGGAUGAUGGGAUCAACAUGAUUAAGAGAGUACUUUGCAAUAAAAAAGUUCUCAUUGUUCUUGAUGACGUGGAUGAGAAAGAACAACUUAAAAAUUUAGCAGGAAAAGAUAAUUGGUUCGGUUUCGGGAGUAGGAUUAUCAUAACUACUAGGGACCAAAGUGUCCUAACCACACUUGGAGAAGCAACAGAUGAAGGCUUUGCAAAUAUUUCGGCUUACGAAGUAGGUGAAAUGGAAUUUGAUCAUGCUCUUAAGCUUUUCAGUAGGCAUGCCUUUAGAAGAGACUCUCCACUAGAUCAGUAUAUUUCCCUUUCCCAAAAAAUUGUCCAUACUUUGGGAAAACUUCCUUUAGCUCUUGAAGUUAUAGGUUCAUUCCUUUCCAAUAAAUCUAAAGCAUUAUGGGAAGACACAUUGAAUAAGCUAAAAGAGGCUCCUCCUAAGGAAGUCCAACAGAAGUUGAUGAUAACUUAUGAAAGGUUAGAUGAUUUACAAAAGCAAGUAUUUUUGGAUAUAGCUUGCUUUUUUAUUGGUAGGUGUAAAGAAUACCCUUCUUACAUGUGGGAUGCUUGUGGAUAUUACCCGCACAAUGCCCUUGAAGUCCUCGUUCUCAUGUCCUUGAUAAAAAUCAAGGAUGACAAUACUUUUUGGAUGCAUGACCAAGUGCGGGAUCUCGGAAGGGACAUUGUUAGAAAAGAAAAUUUUGAUGAUCCCUGCAAGCGCAGCAGAGUGUGGAGUUCUAAGCAUGUGCUAAGCAUUUUGAAGCAGAAAGAGGGGAGAAGGGAAAUUAAAGCGAUGUCGUUUACAUAUUCUGAAGAUUCUAAAGAUGGCAAUUUAUUGGAGGCUGAUGAAUUUGCCAAUCUAGAAAAGCUGAGGUUCUUUCAAGGAGAUUGGAUAUCCUUUGUUGGAGACUUCAAUAAUCUUCUUUCCAACUUAAAAUGGCUUUCUUGCUAUGGCCACUCAGUCAUGUUUGAGGCAAAAAACUUUCAUCCGACUAAUUUAGUCGUUCUUGACCUUUCAAUGAGCAACAUUUCGGAAAAAGAUAUUGAUUGGAUCAAAGCGGUAAGGAAAUUGAAAGUCCUAGAUGUCAAGUUCUGCAAAUACUUAAGGAGAACACCUGAUUUAUCCACAUUGGCAUCUUUGGAGAUCCUAAGAAUAACAAAUUGUGAAAUUUUGGAAAGUAUCGAUUGGAUUGAGGUACGAUACGAGUCUCACUCCUUGUAUUCAUAAAUAAUUUAUUUUAUAUUUUUUUGUAGGUCAUUUCUCAAUAAAUAUUAUUGUUUUGCAGGCGCCAAGAAAACUAAAAGUCUUAGAUCUCAGCGUAUGCUUUAACUUAAGGAGAGUGCCUGAUUUAACUACGUUGGUGUCUUUGGAGAUUUUGAAACUUUAUGGUUGUUUAAAGAUAAAUAAACUUCCAGACUCAAUUGGGAAAUUACAAUCAUUAAUCGAGUUGGAUUUGUUAAGAACAAAUAUCGAUCACCUACCAGAUUCAUUUAGCAAUCUAAAGCAACUGACAACACUUAAGAUGGGGGACAUUAAGGGAGGGUUGACAAAAUUACCUAGUGCGAUCUGGUUUGUUCAGUUACUGGCUUAUUCUUUUUCGUCCCACAAUAAUGAGCUGUACUGUUUGAAAAUGCCAGACUUGUCAUGGACCCAAAUAUUUGGAUUACCCACCGUGGCGAGUCUCGUCUCUAAUAUCCGUGAACUUCGGAUGGACGCGUGGUAUAGCAGACGGCCCAACUUUUACCCCCUUGAUAAGCCGGAGAAUUUCACUUUUUAUCGCGAGUCCCUCGAGCGUAGCAAAUCUCAGAGGGAAAAACAAAUAUUGGCCUCCCCAAACAUGUGGUUCCUCCUCCAGCUCCCGUCUAGUUUAAGAGACUCAGUAUUUCGAGAAGUGUGGAGUCUGAGUGACUGUCGUUAUUGGAUGGGGAUAUUCGUUGGUAUAUGUGAUUCGGAGUUGGAGAAACUCCAUCUGCAGGAUUACACGCUUUCAAGACGGAUUGAACAGUGUUGGCUGAGAAAGAGGAAAUUCCCGUCCAGAUACCGUCGGAGGAUUCGUCGACAGCGGCAUCAGCCCACAAAAGCACUUGAGCCGUCGCAUAUGAAGAAUCUGCAAGAGGUGGAUCUGUUCGAAUGCGAGCUACUAGUCGAGAUUCGCGGCCUCGAAGAAUUGGGAUCCCUUUCAUCCCUUGCGGUCGCAUAUUGUAGGUCGAUCGAAAGGUUGCCAGACCUAUCGAAAUCGAGGAAGCUAAGGGAGCUUCGAGUGGGAAAAUGUCCGAAGCUAAGAAGCAUGGAAGGUUUGGAACGCUUGGAAUCUCUAAAGUGUUUGCGGAUUCACGAUUGCAGGUCUUUGGAGAGUCUGGUGGACACCUCGAAUUUGGAUUUAGAAUGUUGCCUGAUUGUCCGUUGCAAGCGGUUGCCCGACCGUCGCAAUUAUUGUAAACGUGGCCGCGGUUGCUAUUGUGAGAUGCUUGUCGAGGGGUUAUGGAAAUCUGACCCGAUGGAAGUCCAGCAAGUAUUACAGGGACACCCGGAUGUUGCGCCAGUAAGGAAUUUAGAACGUGGCUUGGUUGUUGUGCUUGGUGUAGCCAUUUUGUUUGUUUUGUUGUUGUUCUAUUUUUUUGUUCUAUGAAAAAGGCUUUCUCCCGGACAAAUAUUGGUGAUGAAGCUAAGGAAGUGAACGAGGCACGUUCAUCUGAUGCCAAAACAUUGUCCAAUUUUGAUCAGCUUUUGAACAUAGUACUCAGUUCAUUGAUUGCUGUCCAAACAUGAAGCUCUUGGCUUUUUUAAGGAUAGAGUCUUGACAAGGAUGCCUAGCUGAAUAUCUAAAUUGUUGUCACAAGCUGGUAGGGAGAUCAGGUAAAAACAGUGGCUUAUGCUGUGCAAACUUACUCCAUGUCUUAUUUCAAGUUUUGAAAGAAGUGGCAUGAAGAAGUGGAUGCAGAUAUAGCCAAUUUUUGGUUGGGAAAGCUUAACUGAAGCAAAGUUAGAAUGAGGUUUAAGUUUAUCACAGUUUGACAGAACCCUCCUUGCUAAGCUUGCUUGGAGAAUCCAAGCAACCCCUCGGAAUUUUGGGUGCAAAUAUUUGAAGCGCUCUACCCUUUGUAGCUUCAUGGAAGUUAGAAGAGGUGGCAGAAUGUCUUGGGGAUGGAGUAGAGUUUUGGAAGAAGAGAUCUAAUUAAGGAAGGCAUGUUAUAAUAAAUUGCUAAUGGGAAAUCAGUCAAAGUUGGGGAGGAUAGGUUGGUGAAGGAGAGUUGAGACUUGAUGCUGCAUCCUUCAAUCUGACUCAGGUGAUAAAGGAAUUAAGAAUGGAGUCUCUAAUUGAUGCGGAUACUAAGACUUGGAACUUAAACCCCAUCAAAGACAGCAUGCGGCAGGAGGAGCAGUGACUGGUGUUGAGAAAUCACAUAAGAUCGAGAAGUUCCGAUGACCAAAUGAUUUGGCCCUGGAACAGGAUUGGUUGUUCUUCAGUAUAGUCUCUACCACUUUACCAUGCAGAAAAGAAAGAAACAUCUACUAAAGCCUAGAUCCUCAAGCUCUCAUACUAUUGAUGGUAUAAUUUGGAAGUUAGCACAAGGAGUUGACUCUCCUCAAGAUAAGACACUUCCUCUAGCAACUUUGCUUGAAUGUUAUGCCUGCUGCUGCUACAUGUAGCGAUGGUGCCGUUAAGAGUUUGUGGCAACAAACUUUCAUCUGACUAAUUUAGUCGUUCUUGACCUUUCACAUAGCGAUGUUUCAGAGAAAUGGAUUGGCUGGAAUCAAAUCAUAAUAUAUGAACAAGAAGCACCACUGUCCAUUUUUGAGCGAUGAAGAAUGGCGUUUCGAUAAAAUAGCCAAAUACGGCGCUCUAUGCAGUGAACAAGAAGCACUAUCCACAAUCACUGAGCGACGAAGUAUGGUGUUUGCAGAAAAUAGCCAAAGACAGCGCUCUGCACAAGUGCAUGACUUCGAGAGGAAUCAACAUUGUUCAAGAUUUCCUCCAGCUGUACGAAGUGGAUGUACCUUUCUAAGAAACAAAGUGACUCUUACUCUUCGAGCAUUGCUAAUUUCCCUUUUUUCCAGUUCACGUUAUUCUAAGCAUUGUUCAAUAUCAAAUCGUGCUACUUCUUUUGUGUGCGAUGUUAUAUCAGGUACUUGGAAAUGAAAUCACCAAGCGAACAUGGGAGACGAUUGUCAGACACGCCAGCCCCUGUGUGAUCAACGAUAACAUGUAUUUCUGCCAAGCUUUGAACAAGGCCAGUAUAGUGUUCAAUUCAGUCAUGAAAGUUGCUCAAGCAACACCCGAUGGCCAAAUUUACCAGUCGGUAGACAUAUUGGCCCACUCUCAGAAGAGUUUGUUGCAGAACUUGAAAUGGCUAGCUUACAAUAACAACAAUCAAUGGUGGCGCUCGACGCCCUGCCCAGCGUCUCUCUUCUGAGAGCCCCAACCAAUUUGCCUACAGAGCCAUCAAUUGGCCUGAGCCUGCCUCUUCAUCAUCUAUUUUACACAGAGCUAAACCAAGAUAGACCAGAAGUGACUCCUGAAUUUAGUUACUCACUGGUUUCACCAUCGUGCUGCUACAAUGUCACAAAGAUCAGACAAUUAGGUUGUCUGGGGCCACAGUCAUAUCACUGCAAAAAUCUUUGAUCUGACUGUAAUUCAACAGCUUGGCAAGGGAGGACUUUUUGUCCAGUUUGAGUGCUGGCGAAAGCAGUCAUCUUCCUGGUUACACACAAGAUCUGUUUGCGCCGAACAUCCAUUUGUCUCCUGAGGAGCUUUUCCAAGUGCCAUCUCCAAUCCCUGGCAAUUUAAUGUGGACACCGGAGCAUACUUUCAUCAUUGAGUUGAGCAGCGGGGCAGAUUUUGGGAUCUGCCCAUCUCGCAUGGGUUAUGGAGUCCAUAAUUCUAGGAUUGCAAGGCCCAAGGUGGCAAGGUGCAAGAUCCGUGAUGUGGUGAAGUGGGGAUUGGUUCAGCACGUUGUGGCUGCAAAGAGGAGCAAUGUUCAGUUGUGCAAGUUAUCCAGCUGUAUAAAUGGAGAGUCCCAUCCCCCAAAAGAAUUUUGGGUGCUUCAGGAGCACGAAGCUCUCGCCCACACAAGCCAGUCAUCACAUGCGAAGUACAAAAAA